AUGGAAGAAUUGAAGAGUCAAAGAAUUUGUAAAUUUUGCGUUUUAAAUGACUUAAAUUGUAACAAUGUGUGUGAAAUGUUACAAAAGGCCUAUGGUGAGUCCGCUAUGAAAAAAACAAGUGUUUACGAGUGGUAUAAGCGAUUCCAAGAUGGCCGCGAACACAAUACGUCAAUAAUAAUCGAUGAAAAUAUGAAAAAAGUGGAAAAAAUGGUUAUAAAUGAUCGCCGAAUCACAAUUAGAGAAGUUGCUGAUAAAAUUGGCAUAUCAAAUGGCUCAUCUCAUAACAUUUUUUCAUAUGUUUUGGGCAUGAAACGAGUGGCAGCAAAAUUCAUUCCAAAACUGCUGAAUUUUGAGCAAGAAAACAAUCUCAUAAGUAUCGCUCAGGAUCUGUUAAAUGACGUCAACGACGAUCCAAGCUUGCUUGAAAGAGUCAUAACUGGUGAUGAAACAUGGGUGUACGGCUAUGAUGUCGAAACCAAGUCACAAUCGUCCACUUGGAAGCAUCCAACGUCACCAAGAGCGUAA